AUGGAUUUCAGAAAGCAGGGCAUGGAAGCAGAUGCUUUUAAGGAGGAAGGCUAUAUGUCACAGCAGACUGCCAGUGAUCUGGCAAGCAUGGUACCAUCUUCCAAUAUAACAAUUGAGAAGGUCAUGCCUUCUUUAUCCCUGGGUUGGGUUGACAAUACGAUGGACAGGACAGGAGAAACAGAUGAGUGGGAGAAGGAGUCAAAUAAACAUAAACUGGGAAACUCAGAAGGCCAAGCUUCUGUGGGAGGGAAAUCCCAGCACAUAGACCAGAAAAAAACUGUGGCGGAUACUCCAGGGAAGCAGGACCAGGUGAUGAGGCAGCAGAUGGAGCAGCUGCAAAGGCUGGUGGCUGAACAGCAGAAAAUCAUUGCACUUUACAACCCAGAUAACAGUCAAUUAAAAGAAAGGAGUUUCCCUGAAACUUUUUCUGCUGUCAAAGAAGAACAAAGAGAACAAGUAAAGGAGGAGAUUCCUCCAUCUCUCUUUGGCAUAGAGGGGAAGAUGAAGACUGGAAACAUAGAAGACAGGCCAAUCACACCAGCAAUUGGUAUUAGACAGAAGACUUCUGAAGAAUUUGUUGAAGAACAACUUCAAGUAGACAACCAUCUCACAGAAAAACAGCAGAAGGACCAGCAGAGCAAGGCAAAAGUAACACCUCAGAAGGCUUUUCUGAAACGAAAAGAAGGUAUGGCAAGGCUCAAAAAAAAUAAACAGAAGCCUUUAAAAGAAGACAGCAAGCAUCCCAGAAGAGCUGGUUUGGACUCCUGGGGUCAUUUCUCCCAGACUGGCCAAGGGGAUGCAGGCAUACUGCAGCCAGGGGAAUGCUCUCAGUCAAAUCUGCAGGUCAGUAGCUCCAUGCAGAUCGGUACACAUGAAAAAAAAGCAGACUGUGCUUUAGCUGAGUGGGAGAUAAAGGCUCAGACUGACUGUGAAGCAAAAGUAGUUGAGCAAAGUGCAGAAGAAAAAGAAGUGAUUGGGAGAGAUGAAGAUGCAAAGGAAAAUCCUGUUGACUCACCACAGAGAAGGUGGCCUGAAAUCCUGCAACCAUGUCCUGAAACAGUAACAGAAAUGAACCUACAAGUAGGUGAGGAAAGGGAAACUCAUCAUAGAGAUUCUCUAGGGCAAGCAGGCAGAACUGAUGGAAGACCUGUGGAGGGUACCCUGCAAAAGGACCUAGGUAGGGUGGAUCAGCCUCUGAAGGGUCAUCUCACAGAGAGAGCAAAAUCCACCUUGGAAGUCCUGCAAAAGCAUUCUCCACUUCAGGAUUUAGAAACAGAUCGCAUCAAGGAGGCAGAGUGGAGUGCAGGCCCUGCAUUCACACAGGGUCAGAGGUGGGUUCAGGUAUGCCCACAGGAACUUGUUUCGGGGAGCCAGAGCUCAGAAAGCAAAAGACAAAUCCAUACCGAGUUUAAGAUGAUCAAUGAUAAGAUAGUAAAAAUUACAUGUAGCUCACCUGAGGCUGUGGAGAAGGGAAGCUCAUCCUCAGCCUUGCAGCAGGAGCGGCAAAGGAAGGGGACAACUGCCUCGACGUGGCAUAUUGCAUCUUUAUCCUGUGAGUCAAGCUGCUUAUCCUCCAACAGUGAUGAUGAUCCCAAAUCUCACUAUGCUCAGUAUCCCUCCCAGCAUGGGCCUCAGGGAGUGGAUCAUACUGACAGACAUUUGGAUCUCUCUGAUGGUGAUUAUGCUAGUGAUGAGUCCAGAGGAACUGAAAAAAUGUCUGUUAAGAAGUACAGCAGAUCACCCCCAAGGAAACAAGGUAUUCAAGUGAUCUCAAGACAACAGGAUCUCUCCUGUAGCACAAGCAGCAGUGAUUCCACUACUGGGGCUGUCAGGCUGAAAGGGAGCAAGGCUUGCUCUUCUCUUCAUCAGUCCCUAUUUCAUCUUGCAAGAUCGAAAAGGAGAGAGCAUGAGCUUGAAUCAAAGAAUGAGAAUAGGGCCAGGGAUGUUAAAAGCUUAGAUCUGCCAUCCUCAACAGUGGCUGGUGAGAUUCCUGCUUUCAAGAUUAAAGAAACCCCUGCAAUGGAGGAACCACAGAAAAAACUGUAUACAGACACAUUAGAUGUCUUUAUAGAAGAAACCCAGAACAUCCUUACCAGAGGAUUAGAGACUGGUGUAUAUCACGGAGGAACCCCUUUACUGACUAGAGUGAAAGAAGAACAAGAGAAAGCAAUGCAGUUUCUCAGAACACGAAUGGACCAGCUCAAGACUGUCAGGAGCCAGGAGCUGACUCACCCUUUGGAAUACAAUAAAGACCAAAUUUACCCACUUCAGAAAGAAAAAAUUGCCCAUAGCAAGUUCAAAGGAACAGCUAGAGUCACUGGAGAAAAUGUGAAGUCAGAAGAAAUAAAAAUACUAAAACAGCAGAUUGCGGGACUGCAGGAGGAGUUCAAGAGAAAUGAGUCCUGCUGGCAUGCUGCCUAUGGCAAGCUGAGAGACCAGGUUGAGAUGCUGACCAGGCAGAACAUGGAGCUUCGAGAUGAGCUCAGAGUUUCAGAACAUCAGAGAUGGAAAGCAGAAAAACCCCCAGAAGCUGUGAAUUUCAUGGACAGAAAAUCAGAGACCCUGGUAGAAGAGGUGCUUACUGAUGGACGUCGAAUCAUCACUUUCCGCAAUGGUACUAAAAAAGAGAUCAGUGCUGAUAAAAGGAUGACUACGAUUAGCUUUUUCAAUGGAGAUGUGAAGAAGAUCAUGCCAGAUCAGAGAGUGAUGUAUUAUUAUGCAGAUGCACAGACAACCCACACUGCUUAUCCAGAUGGCCUGGAGGUGCUGCAGUUCCCUAAUAAUCAGAUAGAAAAACAUUAUCCUGAUGGCACACAAGAAAUUGUGUUCCCGGAUCACACAGUGAAAUGCCUCUAUAGCGACGGAUUCAAGGAAACUUUUUUUCCAGAUGGUACAGUAGUAAAAGUAGAAAAGAAUGGAGAUAAAAUAGUGGUGUUCAGUAACGGCCAGAAGGAGGUUCACACUGCGCAGUUCAAGAGGCGGGAGUACCCAGAUGGCACUGUAAAAACUGUGUACCGCAAUGGCAGACAAGAAACCAAGUACUCCACUGGACGAGUUCGAAUCAAAGAUGAGGAGGGUAAUAUCAUCCUAGACAAGAAGUGA